AUGUUUGAUUCAUCAUUAGAAGAUUCAAAUGAAUCAAACAUUGUUUACAUUUCGAAUGUUAUAAUUGAUUUUCGAUUAACCAGCCAAAACAAAUCAUAUCGACAAUGUUGUUCAAAAAUUUGUAAACAAAAUGAUAAUUCUUUGGAAAAAACAAUACAUUGUCAUGUGAUUACUAAAAAGAAACAUCCACGAACACAUUUACAAUUUGAUCAAAAACAUGAACAUAUUGAAAUUGAUUCAAAUUCCAAAAUCAAAUUCAUUAAUCAACAUAAUCUAAUGAAACAAGAAAAAUUGUUCGAAGAUAAUGUUUCACAAUUACCACAAUCAUCAUUUCGUUUAACAUUAACGAAACAGGAAGAAGAAGCAAGAGAAAAUCUUGUUUUACCAUAUGUAAAAAAACAUGAUGAUUCACCAUCAACAAAAAAUCAAUCCAACAAAUCACCUGAAUAUAAUAUUAUCUAUACAUAUGAUAAAUUUGAUGAUUUCGAUGAUGAAGAUCCGGAUGAUGAUCUAGAUUUUUAAAAAUUAUUAUCAAUUUUUCGCUUCAUCUCGU